CCGGGGGGAGCGGGACGGGCCCGGGGCUGGCCGUGGCUUCCUGCGGCGGGUCGGCCUCGCCCCCGCCGGGGCCGGCCCUGGGCCGGGCGGUGUCGGGGCUGGCGGCGAGGGGCCUGGCCAGGCUGUUCCCCUCUGCCCCGGGUGACAGUCGGAAGUGGCGGCGAGGCUCGGUUCGCUCCGCUACUCGGGAGUGCCGAGCGCCUGGAAGAGUCGGCGGGAAUGCGGCCCGGCCGGGGCCUGCGUCCUAAAGCGACGCGCAGCCAGCGCAGCGCGGGUCCAGCACUUCAGUUUUUGAGACUCUGCGCGAUUUAAUGGUGCGCUGAGUUUGCCCUACAAGGAGGUGGUUUAGAAUAGAUACAUUAAAUUUAUGAGCCAAAGUGUGCUGAUUCAGAAGCCCUGGGUGCAGUGCACAAGCCACGUGCACUGUGGCAGCAGCAGCCACCAGCACCCGCGACUCUGCUGUCAGAGCGACGCAGCAGGAGUGCGUUCCUGGAGAGGUUUCACCUGCCUGGAGGAGAAAUACUUCUCCUGACUCCUGCAUCCAAAAUUGAAAUCUACCACUCAAUCAACAAAAAAGAAAUGAUAAAAUUUUUUCUGAUGGUUAACAAACAAGGUCAAACAAGACUGUCCAGGUAUUAUGAACAUGUAGAAAUUCAUAAACGGACAGUGCUGGAAGCUGAAGUAAUCAAAAACUGUCUCUCCCGUUCAAAGGAUGAGUGCUCUUUUGUUGAGUAUAAGGACUUCAAGCUGGUGUACCGACAGUAUGCAGCUCUUUUCAUAGUUGUUGGCAUCGACCAGACAGAGAAUGAGAUGGCAGUUUAUGAACUGAUUCAUAAUUUUGUGGAAGUUUUGGACAAAUACUUCAGCAGAGUGAGUGAAUUAGAUGUAUCCUUUUCAGUAUCAGAAAUCCAUUUGUUAUCACUUUUUGGUGUAUGUUCCAAUUCAUUCUGUCUUCAUUACACUGACUGUCUCUCAAGUCAAUGCAGAUGUUCACCAGUUUUGCACUUGGACGUUUUUUUUUUCCUCUUGUCAUGCUGUCUAUGCAUCAAGAUUAAAACUCUCACAGAAGAUGUGUAAUAGAAGACAUGCAAGUGCUCAGGACCAGGUAGGUAUCGAGUGAAGUCUCCCUUCUAGAGCAGGAAGCUGCAGCUACGCUGAGUUGCAUUCCCAGGCAUCCAGCGAGCUGAUUCACACUGCACACUGCUCUGUCAGUCAGGGGGCAGUUGGCAAUCUCAGCUUACUUCCACUUACCUUUCUAGAACUGUUAUCUGCCUCCUUCUUAACCUCCAGUCCAGACCUACAUACAACCUGAUACUGAAUAAGCAUAUUCUGUGUGAAAGCACACACUGGUCACAUAAACACCAUGCAGAAACCAGGGUCUAAGGAGCAAAGAGUGUUGUGUCUCAGAAUAAUCCACAGGGCUUUUACACAGUAACAUUUAUCGAAAUAGGAUGAUGUUGGGACUGCAGCAGAGUUGCAUAAACCUGGACACAGGUGUUUGUCAGAAGCACAUCAGGCACAGGAGUGAGCAGGAUGGUGGAUAUUCCCCUCCAAUUCUGCAUUAGGGAAAAUCUAAAAAACAAUGCUGUAAAGUCCUACAAACAAUGCCAUGAAAAGAAUCUGGCACCAACUUGAUGUGUAUGUGCAAGGCAGAAUAUUUUGGCAAGCCCCUUUCAGCAGUGGCUUGAGAAGAGGUGGUUACCAAAGACAACUGGCACAAAGCAAAACUUAUUACAUAGCUUCAACUACAAUAGCUUUUUCUUUUUUUUUUUUUCUGGUAGCAGCUACUUAAAAAUCUUUAAAACUAUAUAUUGCUUUAUCUUACUGUAAGCCACUUUUCUUCCACUAAAUAUCACAUGGUAACACCAAAAAAAUCCAGUCCAGCUCAAGUAAAGCUCAUCAGCUGUAUCAUCUGACCCAGAUUUUAUUCCAGUGUAAUGAAGAGCUAUAGUCUCAGGUCACAUGGGCUCACUGAAAAGCACCAAACCUGCCACACACAGCUUAUCACUGCCAGUUUAUUCUUAAGAACUUCCACUUAACCUGAAAAGAUUUGAACAUAGAGAUUCAUUUGGGAGAUCUUAUGUAGUUCUUUGAAACCUUUAAAAAAGCAUGGCACAUUGUUCAGAACAUGUCCAGAGAUUUAGUAAGUACUAAUGAAGUAUUCAGAAGAGACAUUUUUAUAUGUUGCAAACA